CCAUCACAGACUCGUGUGCAGACUGCAGAUAAACUGAGUGAACAAACCAAAGAAAGCAGAGAUUGUUCAGAUUCUGUGCUCCAUCAUGGCAGCAGCCAGCAUCUCUCGCUCUGGUUCAGCAGUUCCUGACUCAACCUUGGAGGAUUAUUCUCUCUACAGCAAUCUGACCGAUGACCAGCUGCUGCAGCUCGCCAUCGAGCGCAGUCUGACCGAAACACACUGCAGCGCCCCGACCACCAGCAGCAACACCAUCACAUCCACACAACCUCCUCUACGCUGCAACAAACCAAACACUUCAGCUACAAACACAAACCAACCCAGCUGCACUUCCCAUAAUCCACCUGCUGCUCAGACCACAGCACACUACAGUUCUCCAAACCCUCCAGCGCCGAAGCCUCCUGAUAUGAAGACAUUUAAUGGGACAGUGAGUCGGUUCAUGACGGGUUCUGGGAAGAGGAUGGUGGCAUAUCGUGCCGCUGAUGGCAGCCUGGUCUACAUCGCUCCAGAACCUGAAGAGGAGGAGGAGCCUCUGUUUAAGGCGAUCCGUGAAGGUGAUGCAAACAAAGUAAAAGUUCUGAUGAUGCGCCCGGGAACCAACCUGAUGCUGCCGAGCAAACCCGGCUGGCUCGCAGUGCACCAGGCAGCGUGGUUUGGCCAGGACACCUGUCUGCGAAUGAUGCUGUCAACUCAACCAGGGAUGGUUAACAAGAGGACGAUACGCGGUGAGACACCACUGUUGGUUGCCGCCAGCAGAAACCAGCUGCAAUGUGCUCAGGUGUUGCUGGAAAAUGGAGCUGAGAUUGACAUCCCAAACUAUGAUAAAGAGACUCCCCUCUACAAAGCAUGUGAGAAGAACAGUCCUGCAGUCGUUGCAGUGCUGCUGAACCAUGGAGCGGCAGUGAAUACCCACUGCAUUCAGGGCUGGACGGCUCUGCAGGAAGCUGCUGGCCGAAAUAAUGUGGAAAUCUGUGAGAUGCUGAUGAAGGCCGGAGCCAAACACAACCUCCGCAACAUGUAUGGCAUCACGCCACUGUUCACAGCCGCUCAGACUGGGCAACUCGACACACUGCGCUUCCUCCUAAAACACGGUGCAGAUAUAAACACCCAGGCAUCUGAUGGAGCUACAGCUCUGUAUGAAGCAGCUAAAAAUGGACAUGAAUUUGUCAUUGAGCUCCUCGUGUCCCAGGGUGCUGAUGCCAACAAGCCUGGUAGGACGGGACUGUUACCAAUUCACAUUGCUGCCCAGCGAGGAAGCGAUGCAAUUGUUUCCAUGCUGAUCUCAGUCACCAGUAAGGCCAGAGUCCGAAGAACGGGUAUUAGCCCCCUGCACCUGGCAGCAGAGCGUAACCGUGACGACACCCUGGAGAUGCUGAUUGAAGCUGGCUUUGAUGUCAAUGCUCAGCUAUCUGAGGAGCGAUCGAUGCUGUACGAGGACCGCCGCAGCACCACGCUCUACUUCUCUGUCUUCAACAACAACAUCGACGCAGUGCGCAUGUUACUGGCUGCUGGUGCUGACCCCAACCUAGAUGUGUUCAAGCCGCUGAUGAUUGCUGCAAGGCAGGGUUGUGUUCAGACCGUCACCCUGCUGGUGGAACAUGGGGCUGACAUCAAUGCUAACAUCCCCACCCACCCCACCACCUUUCCUGCUGUCUACAUGUUUUCCAUGAAAUACCUUCCUUUGCUCAAAUACCUGCUGGACAGCGGAGGCCACGCUCUCUCCUGCUUCGACUGCAUGUACGGCAGCCAGCCGCAUCCACCAAUCAAAACCCCCCGACCAGACAGACUGCAUGACACCGACCAAAUCCUACCAGAUGCACACCUGAGGAGAGGCGUUCAGUUCUGUGAGAUGAUUUCCAUCCCCAGUGUCUCUCGAUGGGCGGGGCCGAUCAUUGAUGUCCUAUUGGAUUAUGUUGGUAAUGUGACUCUCUGCUCCAGACUAAUGGAACACCUGGAUAGUUACUCCGGAUGGAACGUCAUCAAGGAAAAAGCAGGACUUGGUGUAUUGGGCUUCCAUAUGAGGCUGCUACUGCCUCCACCUCGGCCACUGAUACAACUCUGUCGGCUGCAGAUCAGACAGCUGGUUGGACAUCGGAAACUGAAGAGGUUACCGUUACCGGGAGGUCUGAUUCGUUUCCUUCAAUACAAGGACUUUUCUAUGGAUGACUGCUAACGCUAUCCCAGUUGCACCAGCUGACUGAGCAAUACUGACCAGUUCUGGUUUCUGGUCUCUUACCUGAUGGACAUGCAGAGUGUGGUUACGCAGCAGAGAAAACCUCCUGCUGUCUGUUUAAACUGAUGACUGUAGCGUUAGAGAUGGUUGUGGCUUGUAGUUGUGUUUUCUGUUUCCUGUUUUAUCUGCAGCUUCAUUGUUUUAAUUUGGGUUCAUUCUGUGUUUGAAUUAAAACCAAAAGAACUCAUCAGAAUAAAAGAAAACACAAACAUCUGUUCAGAUAAUUAACCCUUAAAACGUCAAGCCAUUUUUGGCUAUAUUUGGUCCACCUGUUUUUUUAUAUAUAAAUAUAUAAAUGCUUUUAGAAGUUCAACCCUUUUCAGUACACAGACAUUUUUUUCAGGACG